GGGGGCGGGGAGGGGGGUGCUCGCCGUUUUCCUGGUUACGCCGAGGCACGUGUGCAGUCCCGGAAGCGGCUCCGGGAAGCUGCCCAGCGCGCGCAGCGGGAGGAGGUGCAGCCCGGUCCGCUCAGGUCGGGUCCGGCUGGGCCAUGGAACCAUUACCUGAGCCCACGUCCCGGCCUCGGCUCCGGCCUCGGCCCCGCUGUCUUCUGCUUCUUCCCCUGCUACUGUUGCUGCUGCUGCUACUGCCCGCCCCGGAGCUGGGCCCGAGGGAGGCCCGAGCAGAGGAGACAGACUGGGUUCGACUGCCAAGCAAAUGCGAAGUGUGUAAAUAUGUCGCCGUGGAGCUGAAGUCAGCCUUUGAGGAAACUGGCAAGACCAAGGAGGUGAUUGACACAGGCUAUGGCAUCUUGGACCGGAAAGCCUCUGGAGUCAAAUACACCAAGUCCAUCUCAGAGCCCCCAGACCAGAUGACCCAUCUUCCUUGCAGGAUGGACCACUUACCCACUGGGGCAAGGAGGGGAACUCAGGCACUCUCGUGCUGCUGUCUCCACAGGGACUUACGGCUAAUUGAAGUCACUGAGACCAUCUGCAAGCGGCUCCUGGACUAUAGCCUGCACAAGGAGAGGACCGGCAGCAACCGGUUUGCCAAGGGCAUGUCAGAGACCUUUGAGACGCUGCACAACCUGGUGCACAAAGGGGUCAAAGUGGUGAUGGACAUCCCCUACGAGCUAUGGAACGAGACCUCUGCGGAGGUGGCCGACCUCAAGAAGCAGUGCGACGUGCUGGUAGAGGAGUUCGAGGAAGUGAUCGAGGACUGGUACAGGAACCACCAGGAGGAGGACCUGACUCAGUUCCUCUGCGCCAACCACGUUCUGAAGGGCAAGGACACCAGCUGCCUGGCAGAACAGUGGUCUGGCAAGAAGGGGGACACAGCAGCCCUGGGGGGAAAGAAAUCCAAGAAGAAGAGCAGCAGGGCCAAGGCAUCGGGCGGUGGCAGCAAACAGAGGAAGGAGCUGGGUGGCAUCGAGGGAGACCCCAGUCCUGAGGAGGAUGAGGGCAUCCAGAAGGCCUCCCCCCUCACACACAGCCCCCCUGAUGAGCUCUGAGCCUCACCCGGCAGCUCCUGCUCACCCAGACCCCAGUCCUGGGAGCUGAAGGGUCUGGACCCCGGUUCCCGCAGACGAAGUGGCGCCGGACUUCAGGCCACUGCCCGGACUGUGCCUCCUUCUGCUGAGGAGCAACUCCCACCCUGGAAGGACUCACAUCAGCUGUGCUUGGCCCCGGCCGGGCUGAGCCUUCCUCUCCCAACACAGGCUUCAGGUGGGCCCUGGCAUCUCAGGGCUGCCCAGAACCCCGGCGUGAACUCUGCCAGGCAGGCGGCCAGCUGAGCCAGGGGACUGGGGCCUCCGGAGCCCUCGCCCCUCAUGCCUUCCCACCUGGGAAGCAAGACUGAGGCCCCGCUCCUCUCUCUGCCUCCCCCUCCUGUGGACACGUUAUGCUCUGCCCAGCCCUCCCCAGGGCUCACAGAGUAAACACCUUUUGGCCUUUUUCGCUUGGAUUUGUGUCCCCUUCAGCCCCUCAGAGGGGCCCAGAGCCCCCUGUCACUCUUCCUGGACCCUCACCUUCCAGCCUUGGGGGCUGAGGAUGGGAGGCUGUUCCCAUCCUCCAUGACAGAGGCCAAACCUGCCGACUUGUGGGGACCAGCAAGCGCAAGGAGGGCCCCAGGGGUUUGGGGGGAAGCGUGGGCAUUGGGUGUGCAGGGGGGCCGGGCACAGUGCUCUGGUCUCCACGAGCCACACACCCAGGCCAGGAGGGGCCUCCCUUGGGCCCUGGCACCUGGCUGCCCUCGUCCCCUCCCCCUCCCGCCUCUCUUCUCUCCCCCAAGGCCUUCCUGUUUGUUGUGUAAAAGGUACAGCAGUGACCCCACCAGCUCCCAUCCCUCGUCACCACCUCUGGCCCUGCCUGUUGGUCUUGAACCUUGUUCCCUGAUGACCACACCAGAUCACUCAGUGCUUCCUAGCUCUUGUGCCCGGAGGGACGGACACUUCAGUUCCCGCACAGCACAGCACAACACAGUACAGCGGCUGGUGACACCAUGUUCUCUGGGAGCUGGGGAGGAGCAGGAGGGCUGGCCUUUGAGGAGGAGGGGGCGAGGCUCAGGCCCCUCCCUGUCUGUCCUGAGGGCAGAGAUCAGGCGGUCAAUAGCAGCAGUGAGGCCAGGCAGGGAGUCAGUGCUUUAACCCUUGCAGUGCACUCAGGUGGGUGUCCAUGUGGUAGAAGAGGCAACUGAGGCUCAGGGGCGCCCAAAGUCCUCCUGUGCGCAGUGGCACAGCUGCACUGAGACUCUGGCUUUGAGACCCCAGUCCACUGUGUUCCUGCUACCCCAGAACAGCAGGGCCCCUUCACCCAACACCUGGCACUGGCUGCGUGAUUCGUAUUGAACUGGUUUGGUUUCUUACCCUUAACCCACCCCCACCAACAGGUCCAUUUUUAAAAGGAAAAGAGGAAAGUUCCUCUCAUAGCUCAGCAGUAACGAACCCAACUAGUAUCCAUGAGGAUGCAGGUUUGAUCCCUGGCCUCGCUCAAUGGGUUAAGGAUCCCGUGUUGCUGCGGCUGUGGUGUAGGACGGCAGCUGCAGCUCCUAUUCAACCCCUAGCCUGGGGAAACGUCCAUAUGCUGGGGGUGCGGCCCUAAAAAGCAGAAUAAAUGAAUCAAUAAAUAAAAGGAAAAUAGGAUGCAGGUGCCACUUCUUUGAAGGAGAGAAAGGCAGAAGGUCCUGCCCACGCUGUGCCCCACCAGGUCCCCACGCACCCAGGCUCCCAGGCUCCCUCUCUGGCUGGGCCAGUGGGUAGGAGGGGUCACUGCUGAGGGGCCCCAGGCCCCAGCUUCCAGCAUAGAGCCUCUGGGAUCCCCUCAACUUGGGCUCAACCCUUCUUUCACCCUUUCCCACCUCCACCCCCAGGUUGGAGGCACCAAGGCUAUAGAGAGCAGAACAAAGUGGAAGUUGCUGCUCUGGCCUGUGAAGCUUAGAACAGUCCCUUAGAUGAUGAUACUUUGUGGUCUGGCCCCCAGCCCCCCAUCUCUGUAGCUCUGACAUUGCCUCCUGUUGAUGGGGCUGUGGGCAGAGAUUUCAGUCUAGACUCAGGCCCAUCCUGGCCUUUGUUCUGGGCAUAGGGGAUGACUGGGGUAGGGUCAGGCAUUGGAACCCAGGGCUGGGGAACCAUGUGCAGCCCCUUGGACCGUCUAGGAUUUGGCAGCCAGUCUCUGACUCCCAUCCUGUUACUACCCACAGCAGUAAAGUGCCUGGCUUAUAUCUGUCCUCA